UUGGAUCUAUGUGUAUAGCGCAGAAAAGCUCAGCAUCCAUUUUCCGCCAAAUUCCUAACAAAAUAUUCCCUUGGAUCAACCUCUACCUACGAUCAUCCAUAAAGUUAGGGUUCCGGUACACUGAGAAUGGCGGAGCCGGCAAGUCCAGGAGGCGGCGGCGGAAGCCAUGAGAGUGGCGGUGACCCGAGUCCUCAGUCCAACUUGCGAGAACAGGAUAGGUACCUACCGAUCGCUAAUAUUGGACGCAUAAUGAAAAAGGCAUUGCCUGCUAAUGGAAAGAUCGCAAAGGAUUCUAAGGACACUGUUCAGGAAUGUGUAUCUGAGUUCAUCAGUUUUAUUACUAGCGAAGCUAGUGACAAGUGUCAGAAAGAGAAGAGAAAGACGAUCAACGGAGAUGAUUUACUAUCAGCCCUGGCUACCUUGGGAUUUGAGGACUACAUUGAACCACUGAAGGUCUAUUUGACUCGGUACAGAGAGGUAAAUGCAAUUCUUCUUCAUGCCCUUAAUGGUUUUGGGACUGGUUUCUCACAAUAACUGCUUUAUUUUCUUUAUUUUAUGUUCUAUUAGGCUUCCUCAUCAUUUGGUUUGCAAGGAAAUUGAUAAAAGAAUAUAUGGACUAUUGCAUUUGGCCAUUUGCCAAUUGCCAUCUUCUAAAUGUUGCACUGUGUAUUUUUGGUUAUGGACUUUACUAUUGUUGUUUCAAGACUUCGUUCAACUGAAUUUUAUCUCAUAAUCAACUAAGUAAAUGUUGUUUCUGUGGUUCCUGAACAACUUUCUCUGCUGGGUUGCAUGGGUCAAUCAAUGGUGUUGUAGAUGGAGGGAGAUGCCAAGGGAUCUGCAAGGGUUGGUGAUGCAUCUGUUAGAAAAGAUGUAGUUGGAAGUCAGCUUGGGUCCAAUACGCAGUUCAUGUAUGAAGGUUCUUUUGCACAAGGCUUAGACUAUGGAAACUCCCAAUUAUGAAUUUUAAGAUGAACAAAGAACUUUGGAUGCAUACCAAAAAAAAGCUGGAUACAUAGAACAGUGGUUAGUCUUUUGCUGGUACAAGAUGCCAGCCAGGGUUUCUCUUCUUGCUGAUUUCUGUGUUAAACUGUCAACAGCAAUGUUUGAGGACUAGACACCUAAAGGACUCCUACUAAUUUCUGCAAAUAUUUUUGUUUGCUAUACUUUGAUUUUAAUUCUCUUCCGCUCUGUACAUACCGUUGGGUUUUGAAUGUCACUUGGAAUAAACCAUCUAUUAUAGUUUGUACAGCACCUAAGUGCCCAAACA